CGUGCAGUUCGUUCGUCAGAUUGUUAUUUGGGUUAGCUCCAAAAGCAUGAAACCCGUCACCACAAAGAAUCAGAAUUCUUUGAUCUCAGUUAAAACUUAAUCCGGUUCAAACAUAGACGUAACUCUUAUUAGCUCUAAUAGUUCAAUUUCAUAAUCAAACCCUACCCUUCUGUUUGUUCCUUGGGAAAAUCUUUCCUUGUCCCCAUUAUUCCGAGAACCGGCCAAAAGAACCCGUACCGGCGUACUCCCCGAAUAAAAUCGAAGCAAUUUCAAUAAAUAACAAUAAAUUGGAUUUGUUACUUUUCGGGAGGGAAAAACCAUACCCCAGCUGAAACGAAUCUCCGGUUGGCGGCCGGUCUGGAUAUGAUCGGCCUCGCCGGCUCUCCAGUUAGGUUAGGUAACCGGAAGUCUCGGUUUUGCCCACCUCAAGACCGGUCCAUAAAGCUUUGACCCCGUUUUAACCGGUCACCCGAUUAAACCGAGCAAAUUAAAAAGUAAACUCAACCGGCUGACAGCUGCCCUAACCGGUUCAUCCGGUUAUACAUUCACGGUUUAUAAACCCCCGACUCUCCUAACUCGGUUCUCUCACCUGCUCUCGACGGCUUUAGAAGAACCCAAAAUAUUGUUAAUAAGGUUGCUUAAAUGGCUUCGAGUCUGGAACCAAUGCCUAUAACAUCCCAAAAACACGACCCGGCAUGGAAGCAUUGUCAAAUGUUUAAGAAUGGGGAAAGGGUGCAGCUCAAAUGUAUAUAUUGUGGCAAACUGUUUAAGGGUGGCGGGAUUCAUAGGAUCAAGGAACAUCUUGCUGGUCAUAAGGGUAAUGCCUCUACUUGUGUAAGAGUUCCACCUGAUGUUCGGGUCUUAAUGCAAGAGAGUUUAGAUGGGGUUGUGGUGAAGAAGAGGAGGAAGCAGAAAAUUGAGGAGACCAUUUUGAAUGUUAAUCCAGUUUCUAGUGAAAUGGAUGCUGUUGCUAAUCACUGUGAAGAAAGUACCGGACUUCAGUUGACUGGAGUUUUGGAGACACCUGAACCGAAGUCCAGUUUGUUAGUGAAUCUGGAAGGAACAAGUAAUAGGAGUGGGGAGAGAAGGAAGAGGGAGAGAGGUAAGAAUUCUUUGACAAAUGCGGCAAUUGCUGAUGUUGGAGCUCUUACUGGCAGUGUUGCAUUAGGUUCAAAAAGGGUGAAUACUAAUGUUCAUCUGGCAAUAGGGCGGUUUUUGUUUGAUAUAGGAGCACCUCUGAAUGCUGUGAACUCGGUUUAUUUCCAACCUAUGAUUGAUGCAAUUGCUUCGGGUGGAUCUGUGGUUUUGCCACCCUCAUAUCAUGAUCUUCGGGGUUGGAUUUUGAAAAAUUCAGUUGAAGAAAUGAAGAAUGAGACUGAGAAGUACAAGGCAACAUGGGCGAGGACAGGUUGUUCUGUUUUGGUCGACCAUUGUUGCACGGAAUCAGGUAGAAAUUUGCUAAGUUUCUUUGUUUAUUGUCCUGAAGGAACAGUGUUUUUGAGAUCCGAGGAUGUAUCUGACAUCUCAAAGUCAUCGGAUGCUUUGUAUGAAUUGUUUAGGCAGGUGGUGGAAGAAGUUGGAGUAAAAAAUGUGCUGCAAGUUAUAAAUAACGGGGAAGAGCAAUACACAUGUGCCGGCAGGAGGCUGACUGAUACUUUCCCUACUCUGUUUUGGACGCCCUGUGCAACUUGUUGCAUAGAUUUGAUACUUGAGGAUUUCAGAAAUCUCGAGUGGAUAAAUGCGGUAAUUGAACAGGCUAGAUCUAUUUCGAAAUUUGUAUACAAUCAUAGCUUGAUUCUGAAUAUGGUGAGAAGGUAUACUUUUGGCAACGAUAUCAUAGAACGGGGAGUCACUCACUCUGCUACAAACUUUGCCGCAUUGAAACGAAUGGUUGAUCUUAAACACAAUCUACAGGCAAUGGUAACUUCACAGGAGUGGAUGGACUGCCCACAUUCAAAGAAAACUGAGGGCUUAGCAAUGUUAGAUUUUCUAACUAGUCAGUCAUUUUGGUCCUCGUGCAUUCUGAUAGUCCGUUUAACAUAUCCUCUCUUGCGACUUCUGAGAAUAGUUAAUAGUGAGAAGAGACCUGCCAUGGGAUAUGUUUAUGCAGGAAUGUACCGUGCAAAAGAAACAAUUAAGAAAGAACUUCUUAAAAGAGAGGAUUAUAUGGUCUACUGGAAUAUUAUAGAUCACAGGUGGGAACAACAUCGGCAGCUUCCUCUUCAUGCUGCAGGCUUCUACCUUAACCCAGAGUUCUUUUAUAGUGUUGAAGGGGACAUGCACAAUGAGAUUCUGUCAGGGAUGUUUGAUUGCAUAGAAAGAUUGGUUCCGGAUACGAAAGUUCAAGAUAAAAUAAUCAAGGAGAUAAACUCAUACAAGAAUGCUAUUGGAGAUUUUGGGAGGAAGAUGGCAAUUAGAGCUAGAGACUCUCUACUUCCGGCUGAGUGGUGGUCAACUUAUGGAGGUGGUUGCCCGAACUUGGCGCGUCUCGCCAUUCGUAUUCUCAGUCAAACUUGCAGUUCAAUUAGUGGUAAGCAGAAUGGUAUUCCUGUCGAACAAAUAUAUGACACAAGGAACUACCUAGAGCGUCAACGCCUUAGCGACCUUGUCUUUGUUCGUCACAACUUGCGACUUGGACAAAUGGUUGGCAUGAGCAAAGAACAGGAUUAUAUUGACCCCAUAUCAUUCGACUGCAUUGAUGUUGUUGAAGACUGGACCACGGGAAAGGACAUCAGUGUGGAUGACUAUGGGAGCAUGGAUUGGACGUCAGUCGAUCCACCUUCCAUUAGCACAACGCUUUUAGGGUCUUCAAAUGAUGAAGCUGAAGACUUGGGUGCAGGGUUUGAUGACCAUGAGAUUUUUAAUAGAGACAAAGAAGGCGAGGAAAAUAAUGAUGACAUUAUGGUGCACCAUUAGAAUAGGAUACAACAAACUCCAUUUUUAUCCAGAGAGUCCUUGUUGAUAACUUGUUACCUCCUGCAGGAUGAUCGAGCACAGAAGAUUAAGCAAGUAAAUGUGCAUGUUUAUUAUGCCUCCAAGCACAAGUAGGUAGUAAUCAUGUUAGAGAUAGAGGAAUGUUGCUGAUAACUAGAAGCAUGUAGUUGUAUAGUUUAAGAUGCUUUUGUAUAUCUCAUCUCUUCCGGAGUUGAAUUUCAAAAUUGUUAAAGCUUUUUAAACACAGUGCGAAGCUGUAUAUGUACUGAAGAUAUAGAUACCUUGUGAAGUAAUGUGAUUUUUCUUCUUUCU